GCGUCCGUAUGCACCUCGUGUAAUUCGCGCCGACGUAAAUGCGCGUAGUUUGCCGCAGACAAUCGCGUAACGAAGUGGCCCCGGCGCCGUGUUACCGGGCUGCCGCGGCCGUAUGAUAACGCCGACUGUUUCCGACGCGACCAGCUUCCGUAGACGCGAGAAUUCGCAACCGAAAAGUCCGGCCCGAUGUAUGCACAGCCCGGUGUAUGCGCUCCGACUCCGUUCAUCGUACGAACUUCAAUUAGUGACCAGCAAUUAACAGAGUACACGAGACUCCCGCUUGCUGCGCCGAAAAUUUCUCCCGUGCGGCACGAGUGAUGCGGCUACAAGGCAACCUAUGCAAACUAAUGACCGCCACAGUGUGGCCACCAGGGACACCGGAAGAUACUCCAGGGCGCUUGUCACACGGACUCUCUUGAACAACAGAUGUAUCCGGAGUGAGUACCUGUCACGAUGGGCGUCACGACGACUGGCGCGUACAAUGACAAUCUCGUGCGACAACACAACGACGUGUCCCUUAAUCCACACUGACGGAAAUGCACACAUUCGUGGCGGCGCCAUAAACCGGAAGCGUAAACCGCAGUCCGACAACCCCGUCCGAUGAGUGUUUCCCGUCCUUGAGUGUCGUCGAGACAGUUUCUCGUCUGCAGCUCGUUAAAAAUCGUCUCUGUUUCUGGAGAAGAGUUAACAUGAGAGUAUGAUGCAACGCGCGGUAGUCCGACGUGAUCAUGCCGACCAAAUGGAAUAAUCGUCGAGGGGAAACAGAAUGAUGGCACGUCGAGGUACGAUUUGUCUUGGCGUGCAUGUGCGUGUGUGACUUACAAAGUGUCGAAGUGCGAGGAAGAAAUCAAGGAUCAUAUCAACGUGGAUCAUCGUGACUUAGCUUGGCUUGACUCGGCAAACGAACUUUGCGUUGCGGUUUAUAUGCAAAGAAAGCUUCUUGCGGUCUGUCAGGCGAAAAACGGGAUUACGGAUGUGACGAUACGAUGACGCGAGAUCCGCAACGACGGGUAGAUCACCCGUACGCUGUAGAUCGACGGCGGAUACCGAGGAUGGUCCUUCAGAUUCUGUUAAUUCAGAAUUUUAUUACAUUUAAAGUUGUCGCUCAGAUAGCUGAAUGUCCGCCGCCGGAAAUAAUAACAGGCUGUCCCUGCUAUAACUUUGAAGACGGUCUCUUUCUGGAAUGCGCUGGCGCUACGGAAGAGACUCUAAGAACUACGUUGCAAGGCGUGCUCAGUAGCAGCGGCGCGGGCACGAUGGUACAGUCGUUGAGUGUUUAUGAGCUCGAUAAAAGCAUCGAAGAACUAAAAGAGGGUGCCUUCCCGCCCGGCUCACAAAUCAGACAUCUUCAAAUAUCACAUUCAUCUUUGCGGGAAGUAAGCGAGGGCGCUUUUACGAAUUUGAAAGAUAGCCUGGAAUCCUUGGCACUAGUUUCCGGUCGUUUGCCCCACGUACCUCAAAAAUCAUUGGCUGAUCUACGAAAGCUAGCUGCCUUGGAUCUCGAGACGAAUUUGAUACAAGAUCUCUCGUCCUACUGUUUUUAUGGCUUGAAGCUAAUGAAGCUGACUCUGAAAGGAAAUCAAAUAUCGAAAAUUUCUGAAUACGCGUUCGCGGGCCUCGAGGACAGUCUUAGUGAUCUGGAUUUAGCUGAAAACAAGUUGAAACUGUUUCCCAUGGCUCCCUUGAGGAGACUCGAGAGCUUAGCUUCACUCAGGCUGGCGUGGAACGAGAUAUCGGAGCUGCCCGACGACGGAUACAGUCUCCUCAGCUCUCUGCUGAUUCUCGAUUUGAGCAGCAACAAUUUCGAGAAACUGGCCGAGGACUGCUUCAGACCCUGUCCCAUCCUUCACACCCUAUCCCUCUACUACAACUCCAUUGAGAGCAUACACAAGGACGCUUUCGCGUCGUUGAAGGAUCUAGAAUCGAUCGAUUUGAGCCACAACAAAAUAGUCUUCCUCGACGUGGCAACAUUCAAGGGGAACGAACGUCUGCGCACGAUCGAACUCAGUCAUAACCACAUUCACUAUAUCGGCGGUGUGUUCGCGCGACUACCCGAAUUGAGGGAACUUUAUCUGGCGGAAAACAAUAUCCUGGAGAUCCCGGGAGAUGCGUUCGCCGGCAGCGUCAGCCUCGCAGUGGUGUAUCUCCAGCAGAACGCCAUCCGUAGAAUAGACGCCAAGGGUCUCACGAGUCUCACGCAGCUGGCGCAAUUGCAUCUGAGUAACAACUACAUCGAGAAAGUGCCGCGGGAAUUCCUGGAGCAUUGCGAAAACCUCUCGUCGCUUUCCCUGGACGGUAACAAGAUCCGCGAGUUACAGCCGGGCACAUUCCUUAAGUUGCAUCAAUUGCGCGAGCUGCGGCUGCAGGAUAAUCAUAUAACGGAGGUAAAACGCGGUGUUUUCACGCCACUUCCGGCGCUCCUCGAGUUGCAUUUGCAAAACAAUGCUAUUACUUCUAUGGAGACGGGCGCGCUGAGGACAUUGAAUAGUCUCCAGCACGUUAAUCUGCAGGGCAAUCAGUUGACCAUGCUCGGCGAUGUCUUUCAGCUGUCCGCCUUGGAAUCGUCUUCCGGUGGAAGCUCUUUGGUGUCUAUUCAACUGGAUAGCAAUGGCUUGGCCGUUUUACACAAUGACUCUCUGCGCGGCCAAGCGUCCGUCAGAAUCAUGUGGCUAGGUCACAACAAACUGACACACCUGCAAGCUCCUCUCUUUAGGGAUCUCCUUUUGGUGGAACGCCUUUAUCUGACGAACAAUUCUAUAUCCAGGAUUGAAGACGGCGCUUUUCAGCCGAUGCAGGCUUUAAAAUUUCUCGAGCUCAGCAUGAAUAAGCUGAGUCAUGUAACGGCAAGGACAUUUUCGGAACUGCACGAGCUUGAGGAACUAUAUUUACAGGAUAACGGCUUGAGAAGACUCGAUCCUUACGCAUUAACGGCUCUUAAAAAGCUGAGAGUGUUGGACCUGGCGAAUAAUUAUCUCACCGUUUUACAAGACGGGAUUUUUCAAGAAGAUUUGCCAAUUAAAACAUUAAAUCUAAAAAACUGCUCGAUAACCACGAUAGAAAACGGUGCUUUUCGUGGACUCAACAAUUUGUUCGAUCUUAAUUUGAACGACAAUCUCCUCACAGCGACGGCACUGCUGCGUCUGCAUGUUCCCGGUCUUCGAACACUCGCAGCGUCCGGCAACAAUUUUAGUCAGAUCACGGAGCACUGUUUUAAUGGAUUACCGUCUUUGCAGGAGCUAUUCCUGGACAGCUCGCAAAUAAGUCAAUUGCCGGAGACUAUCUUCGUGUUGAAUCGAAAUCUGGCGCGUUUACACCUGAACCAUAAUCAUCUGCGUGCUCUGCCGCCAGGUAUUUUCGACAGAUUACUAUCACUGCGGGAGAUACAUCUGAAUCAUAAUCGAUUCCAGGAUAUCCCAUACUCGGCACUCGCGAGCGCCCUCAAUCUCGAGAUUCUCACAUUAUCAACCAACGAAAUUCUCAAUGUCGACGUGGCCAGUUUCGCCAGCUUGAAGCAUUUGAGAGAGUUGGAUCUGAGCCACAAUAAGAUUGAAACGAUGUCCGGUUUCGCGAUGGCUAAUCUAUCGCGUUUGAUAUCCGUAGAUCUCAGUCUCAACAAUUUGAACGCUCUACCAGCGAACUUCUUCGCGCAUUCGUCCUUGUUGCGCAGAGUGGACUUAUCAGAAAAUAAAUUUCGGCAAAUACCCGCGGUGGCUCUCUCGGGUCAGAAUCUUCCCGGUCUGACCUGGUUAAAUCUUACGCGAAACCCUCUAAACAGAAUCCAUGAUCUGCCAUCGGAGGCGAUGUAUCCUAUUCUCCAGGAGGUACAUAUAUCCGGCACCAAUCUGAGCAUAGUGACCUCGCAAGAUUUCGAGGCUUUUCCGGCGUUGUUGCAUCUUUAUCUGAGUCAAAAUUGCAUCUUGCGAGUAUCACCAGGUGCAUUUCGCAGCCUCCCAAAUUUGCUCACUCUUCAUCUCGGUAUGAACAGCUUGGAAAUCCUACCGAAAGAACGGCUCCAGGGCAUGGAGCAUUUACGGAUACUCAAUUUAACGCAUAACCGUCUAAAAGAGCUGGAAGAAUUCCCGGAGGAUCUCAAGUCUCUUCAAAUACUGGACCUGUCUUACAAUCAGAUCGGCAUCGUCGGCAAAGUGACGUUCAAGAAUUUAAUUAGCCUAGUGGAGCUGCAUCUUUAUGGUAACUGGAUAAACGCCAUCUCUAGCGAGGCAUUUAGACCCUUGAAGAAGUUACGUCUACUUGACUUGAGUAGGAAUUACUUGGAGAACUUGCCGCUGAACGCUUUCCGACCACUCGAGACGCAAAUAAGGAGCUUGCGGGCUGAAGAGAACCCAUUACAUUGCGGCUGCGAAUCGCAAGAAUUGUGGGAAUGGUUGAGAGACCAUCAGAAAUUGGUGAGUGGGGUCGGUGGUGGUCGUAGCCGCGGAAGAAAUGGUGUCGGAGUCGGUGACGUCGAGGGCGGUUUGUUAAGAUGCGAGCAACCACCCGAGCUCCGGGGUCUCGUCUUCCUCGAUCUUGACCCUCACGCUUUCUGUUCCGCUCCGCUGGUCCUGAAACUCGCAAUUCAAGACAUUCAGCCCUUCUCCGUUCUAGUAUCGUGGCAGAGCAGGAAUCAUUCCGGCCUUCAUGGAUACCAAGUGGCGUACCACGCCUUGGACAACGUCGACGAGGUUCGAGGUAAGCUGCUCGAUCCAAAAGCACGUUCGGUGAGAUUGACGAAGUUGGCAUCUGACACGCGCUACCUGAUCUGCGUACUUGGUUUGGGCAGCUGGGGCACGCCGAUCCCGGAGGAUAUCGGCUCUUGGCAGUGGAACGCCUCGCAUGAUGACGUAAUCGAAGGAUCCUCGUUGCCCGUGAUGGUGAACUCGCUUACGAGCCGGUGUACCGAAGUCAGAACUUUGGACGCGCCCGAUUCGAUAGUGGGCGACGGCACAGUGAGCGACAGGGGCAGUUUGGCGAAUAUCCUUACGAGACGGCUAGGUCUGAUCGUGGGCAGCUGCAUGGGUUUCGUGGUCUUUGUGGUGCUGAUCUCCGUUCUAGGUUACAUGAAAAUGAAGAAGCAGAGAGCGACGAUCAAACGAGAUCAGCCCAUGUCUUCGAAUCCACCGGAAUACAUGUCCUACAGACAUUUCUCGUUACAGAGCGGCGACAGAGCAGAGAAUACCUGUCCGAGUUUCAUCAGUAACAUCGGGCCCCCGCCCCUCAGCUCGUAGCAAAAGGUGAAGGAGUCUCGUAAAGAGACCGUUGACAUCGAGAUGAAAACCAUGUCGACUUGCACCAGUAUCUACAGCUAAUAAUCGCGCUGCGACGAGGAGACGACGACGCGUCGCGUUAACAACAGUUUCGGUGUCGUCGGAAAAAGUGAUGAAGAGCAGGAUGACUGGGUGUAGUAUCGAGUUUUCGAACUUUUAACGCGCGUUCCAAAUAAUCGAAUAAGAAAAUCGUGUCUAUUAUGUCGAUCACAUCGUGGAACGGUGAUUCGUGACGAUUAUGGUUCUCUUCCGGCUGUCACGAGACAUAAUUUCGACAUAAUUUCUUUUACUUCGCGUAACCCACGAGACAAAUGCUAUUCGAUUAACAUAGCAAAAUAAUCAAAACAAUACGGUAAUCGAUAAACUUAUUCAAUCGACAGCAUUUGGACGCAAAAGAACUUUUAUAUCGUAUAUCGUCGAACGUGACCGCAACGUCAAUGUUUUCGCGAUUAAAUUCACAUUGUGUACGAAAGAAGGAAUUCGAAAUAGCAAAGUGCCAAAAAUAUGUGUUUCCUACGUACAAAUCUCUCACUCGCGAUUGUUAUAAACAACUUCUGCUGUGAGAAGAAAAGAACGUCCUCAAGUGACUUAAUCUCAUCAUUAUCAGCAAGAAAGCAUCGACAAACAUCAGUAUGCACGACUUCAGCACGUCAUGGCAUUCGAAAUCCGUGCCAAAAGACCGAGAAAUAUUCUUGCCUGAAAUUUAAGGACUGCCUGCGAGAAAAUCAAAUAUAUGCGAUAAAAUUAGCAUUUUGACAGGAAAUUUUAUCGAAGCGAAUUACUCUUUACGAUUUCUCUUCUUUUUUAUGAUGUACACCAUGAGGAAAAACCGUCGACUGUUAUCGGCGCUAUAUUUCCACUACUUUACGAAACGAGCAACCGAGCAACGACGUAUCGAUCCUCUUUCACUCACGAAACUUCGAAUCUCUCAUACGAAGACUGAUUUUUUACACCGUUUAAAAUUUCCUUCAUAAUUCCAAGACCCUUCUGCGUAUCGUACACUUGGCGCGACACAUUUUUGUAAAUAUGUAACGUAAAACAUCGCGGUAUAAUGAUGUCCAUGCAGAUGUCCGUGUAUCCAUGAAAUUCAUCUUUAUAGUGCUGCGCAAGCAAUAUUACACUUAUUCGUAUUGAUAGUUUCUAAUGAUCAGCACUAACGUAAUUAAGAAGAAACGCUAUCCUCAAUGAAAGACAUCGGCAUCAUCGUCUUUGAAACAUCAGGAUAGGAAAGAUUUUACAAACAAUCGUGAUCUAGCCUCUUCGAUUUUGAUAAUAUCACGUUACGAGGCAGACACCUCGUGACAUUCGAACAAACACAUUCGAACACUUGAAUUAUGAAAGACUAUGUGUGAUUCCUGCCAAAAAAAGAAAAGAAGAAAUAAUCGAUUCCAAGUUGCCAAAUGUUAAUUGUGUAUCGAAUAUCGUGAAAAAAAUCGGUUUAUUGUAUAUAGAUAGAGGAUAUGUAUACACAUAGCAUUCUUUAUUAUAGCCUAGGCUUUCGGUUAAUAAAAGUACCCCACA